AUGUCGUCCAACAACCACCAGGGUAUCCUCGUCACCGCCUCGAAGGUGCACGUCCCCUUCAAGGCUGAGCUCCUCCAGGCCAUCAACGACCCGCGCUUCCAGAAGCGCGCGCCUCACCUGGUCGGCAUUCUCGCGACCAAGAAGGAGGAUGCCCGCAGCUACGCCGAGCGCGCUUGCGAGCAGAUCGGCAUCAACUUCGAGCUGCGCCUGGUUGGCCAGGCCCGCGAGGGCAUGGACGGUGCUGGUGUUGGCAUCGGAGUCGAGGAGGCCAUCCUCGAGGCGAACGAGGACGACGACGUUGACGGCAUCAUGGUCUACUACCCGAUCUACGGCGACCGUCAGGACCAGUACCUGCAGUCCGUUGUCUCCCCGGUCAAGGAUGUUGAGGGUCUGAACCACCAGUUCCUGUUCAACCUCUACCACAACAUCCGCUUCAUCUCUCCCCUUACCCUCCGCCCCGUCCCCGGCGCCAUCGAGACUGGUGACCAGCCUCCUGAGGGCACCGUCAAGUCGAUUCUCCCGUGUACCCCCCUCGCGAUCGUCAAGGUGCUCGAGCACGUCGGUGUCUACAACUCGCUCAUCCCGUACGGCGACCGUGCGCGCGGCAAGGUCAUCACGGUCAUCAACCGUUCCGAGGUUGUCGGCCGCCCGCUGGCCGCCCUUCUCGCCAACGACGGUGCGCGCGUCUUCUCCGUCGACAUCACCGGCAUUGUCGAGUUCUCGAAGCGCCCCUCGAAGCAGUCCAAGUACAACCCCCACCACGUCAUCAACCCGACCGACCUGAGCCUCGAGGAGGUGCUCGGCCGCUCGGACGUCGUCAUCUCCGCCGUCCCGAGCCAGAGCUACAAGGUCCCCACCGCGCAGCUCAAGGACGGCUGUGUCUGCGUCAACGUCGCCGGUGAGAAGAACUUUGAGGCCGACGUCCGCGAACGCGCCUCCAUCUACGUCCCCUCCGUCGGUGUCAUGACCAUUGCCAUGCUCCAGCGCAACCUCCUCCGUCUCUGCAAGUACCAGGACAUGGUCAAGGAGGCCACUCAGGCCAAGUCCGCGUAA